AUGAAUACUAUCAUCUCGUAAGUUUAUUGAAAAUGUAAUUUUUUUUGAAUUCUUCUAUUAUUUUUAGUCUUCUCUUCGCUGGUUUGGCACUUUCUUCAGCACAAGUUGCUGUCAAUGGACCAUUUAUGGGACGUUAUUACGUCGCAGCUAAACCAGUUUUAGCACCAGGAGUUGCACCAAUUGCUGCUCCAGUUUUGGCUGCACCAGCACCAGUUUUGGCAGCUCCAGCACCAGUUUUGGCAGCUCCAGCACCAGUUUUGGCAGCUCCAGCACCACUUCUUGCUCCACCUGCCCCAAUUCUCGCUGCUCCAGCACCACUUCUUGCCCCACCUGCCCCAAUUCUCGCUGCUCCAGCUCCACUCUUUGCGCCACGUCCAGUUUUCGCUGCUCCAGCUCCACUUUUGGCUCCACCAGCACCAAUCCUCGCUGCUCCACGACCAAUUUUGGCUGCCCCAGCUGUUCCAGCUUUUGCUCCAGCACCACUUCUUGCUCCACCAGCUCCACUUCUCGCUGCUCCAGCUCCAGUUGUUCCAGCUUAUGCUCCAUUUGCUCGUUCCGCUUUCCUCAUCGGAGGAAACAAAGCCAAGAACAUCAAUGUCUAG